ACAUGGAUUUAAUGCAGCUAUGUAAUGCUAUAAUACUGUCCACGGCAGUUUGUGUUGGCUCAGCUCACGGACUUGCCACCAAGAACAAGCUAACACCUUUUGGCCCGAGCAUGCGGAACUCCGUUAUGAGUGGUAUCCAGGACACUGCGGAUUUCGCUAUAAAGAUACAUCCACCUGAGCAAGAUGUAGACGAAACACUUCGGUCGUUAGAUGGCAUAAUGAUGAUGGAAGACGCUGAACGCCGUGCUUCCAACGAAGACUUUGUUGAUGCCGAGCAGCGACUGCUGUCACUGCAUAAAGCAAAGAUAAGGGAAAUUGUAGCUGCUGCUAUGGAGCCCAUUCACGCCAUGUUUCCAAUGGACUACCAAGCGCUGAUGGAGGGGCACGGUAGCACAGAACUGUGACUCCAUUAUAUAUCGCAUUCAUAU